GACUGGGCUUUUUCCUUUUUUGCAACAAGCGGACGUACAUACUCUUUUGAAAGGCUUCGCAAACUGCGAGGUCUCUGAAUUAGCUGCGAUAGUGAAGCAAACAGAGGCUUGGAUGGCGCCGAGGACCGCAGCGGUGAGGCUGAGUGAAGUGGCUGAGAGAGGACUAGCCUGAGCAUCCGGGAAGGCUUUGUUAUUAGCCCGACAAAUAUUACACAGUUUCCACAUUGUUCUGUGUUGGGCCUCCUCCUCUUCCUCCCCUUCUUCCACCCACCUGGCCCCUCUUCACCCACCAUGUCGCAAGGUCAGAACUUCCUCCCCAAAUUUCUCUUUGUGUCCAAUCUGCUGAAGGCCGUCAAGAUUCGCCAGCGUGUCCCCAACGACGUGAUCAAGCCUACAGCGAGUGGUGGUCUUAUGCAUCACCUGAGAGGCAUGCACCGGUACACUCUAGAGAUGAUCGCCAUGAACCACUUCCCCCAGGCCUUUAGGGAGGUGGUCCAAGCCGCCAUCUUGGACAGGGCCAUGCAGGCGUCGUUGGAGCAGGAGAAAAAGCUCAACUGGUGCCGUGAGGUUAAGAAGAUGGUGCCACUCCGUACCAAUGGGGAUGGGAACUGCUUACUUCAUGCUGCCUCUCAAUACAUGCUGGGUGUUCAGGACACAGACCUCGUGCUCCGAAAAGCCCUCCAUAGUGUCUUGAAAGAGACUGACACUGGCAUUUUCAAAGCUCGCUUUCAGGCAGAGCUCCUUCAGUCCCAGGAGUUUACCCAGACUGGGCUAAGAUACACCACCAUGAACUGGGAGGAAGAAUGGGAAAAGAUUGUCAAGAUGGCAUCACCCGUUUCUACUAGCAACGGCCUUCAGUUUGACUCUCUGGAAGACAUUCACAUCUUCAUCCUCUCUAACAUCCUUCGCAGACCUAUCAUCGUCAUUGCAGACCAGGUGGUGAGGAGUAUGAAGUCAGGUUCCUCUAUCUCACCACUCAAUGUGGGUGGAAUAUAUCUUCCACUGCAUUGGCCACCUGCUGAAUGCUACAAGUAUCCCAUAGUACUCGGCUAUGACUCUCAGCACUUUGCUCCCCUCAUCACCAUCAAAGACAGUGGUCCAGAGAUUAGAGCUGUGCCACUGAUCAACCCAGGCAGAGGAGGAUUUGAGGAACUCAAGGUUCACUUUCUGAUGGAGAAGGAACAGCAACAGAAGGAAAGACUUCUCAAAGAUUACCUGCUCCUAAUAGAGAUCCCUGUAAUUGGCCUGGGAUAUGAUGCUACUCGCAUCAUUAAUGCAGCACGGCUGGAUGAGGGCAACCUUCCUGAGGACAUGAACUUGAUGGAAGACUAUCUGCAGCUGGUCAACCAUGAGUACCAGCGUUGGCAAGAAGACAAAGAACAAGCCUGGGCUGCCCAGCCACAACGUCCACCACCUUUCUCUGUUUCUCAGCUGUCUCUCAUUGAAAUCCGGUGUGCCACUCCACGCUGCACCUUCUAUGUCUCUGUGGACACGCAGCCCCAUUGCCACGAGUGCUUUGAGAAACGGCAGGCUACAGGCGGAGGGGCCAGAAUAGAGGGGGUGGUGCAAGCCAAGGGUGGAGGUAUACAAGGUUCAGAAAAUGAGGUGAGCUCCAGAGGAGCCAGAAGCAGCAGUCCACCGUCUUCCUCCUCUGGGAGAGGGGUGGUGCUGUCCAGCCCUCGCUCAGCCCCGCCCACAGCCCCCAGCCUCAGCCUGUACAGUGAAACCCACGCCAUGAAAUGUAAAACGCCAGGCUGCCUGUUCACCCUGAGUGUGGAGCAUGACGGACUAUGUGAGCGCUGCUUCAACUCCAGGCAGAACCAUGCUCCCCCUGCAGUAGGAACAGCAGCUGCAGGACUUCCUUGCUCUAAUGGGGGGCCUAUAGCCCCACACUCGGCCCAGGGCCCUGGCUGGACUCAGUGGGGAGGUCGUGAGACCGAAGCGGAGCGCUGCAGCAUGUGUAGACAGGAGGCAUUCAGGAUAUUCAAUGGCCUGUGCCCUCCUUGCAUGCAGAGACAACAGGCUCCAGAGAGAGGGGAGCCACAGCAGAACAACUCAAGGACUGAGGCCUCCUCUUCAGCGUGGAGUCAAGCCAGGGAUGCGGAGCGGCCAUGCCUCACCCUUACUCCGGGACACACGUCAGCCUGGCAGACCCCUUUGGCCAGGCCAUGUAAGAGAUCAGGCUGCCAAUUCUUUGGAACGCCUGAGAAGUUGGGCUUCUGCACUAUUUGCUACGUAGACUAUCAAACUAACCACCAUCUGACUCCGCCCCCUGCCCCUGUACAAAGCCGGCAUGGUUUGGAGGCAGGUUUCCAGAAUGCGUCUCGCUGUCGUGGCCCUGGCUGCGGGGCAGUUGGGAAGGCCAUGCUUGAGGGCUACUGCGACAAGUGCUACGUCAAAGAGCAGAGCGCCCGGCUCAACCAAGCGGCGCAUCGCACACCCCACUCUCCUCCUCUCGUCGUGCGUGACCGUGCUACUAAGCCAAGAUCCUCACAGCAAUCUCAGACGCAGACGCAGACACAGUGCCGUAGGAGUGGCUGCAGUAACGUGUCCCCGGGGUGCACAGACCUCUGUCCGGAGUGUCACACACGCGGCCAGGGCCGAGAGGGGGGUAGACGGGCGCAGGCGCCCAAGGAAAAGUCCAAGCAGCGAUGCCGGACACAGGGCUGUGACCACUACGCUAACCAAGAGAAACAGGGCUACUGCAACGAGUGUGACCACUUUAAACAGAUUUAUCGUGGCUGAUCACAUAAGCAACAAUGAUGACACAUCGCUAGCACGCUAGAGCCGCACUUAUGCCAGUCAAUGCACCUCUGAUACUAACUAACCAACUCACUAGCUAGUGACUUACUAGUAACCUUAUGGCCUAAAAUCCACCCCCCAUGUAGAAUGUGAAGAAAGCGUGUAUGUACAUGGGGAGGAGGUGAGUGUGUGUGUGUUAACAUUAGACAUGGCCUCCAGAAUACCUCUUUGUGCAAUUAUCAUCUGAUGUGCCGUGUGCAUGCACACGACGAGAGGUGUGGCUACAUGUCAGCAACUGACUUUAGUGUACAAUAUGUAUUUAGAGGUACGUAGUACAUCGUGCCGGACAAAAUGAUUGUAUGUUGACAUAACAAGAAGCAUCUGACAUUGCUUUCUAGACCACAGCCAAGGAUUUAUACCCCAGUUUGAUUGUUGUCUGUCCUAAUACAUCUGUGUAUCUGUCUGCCUGUCUGUCUAGCAUUGCUCUGGAGAGCGAGGGAUGCAGCUUUGGAUGCCCAGAAACAGACUAAUGGAGAGAGGAAAGCAGGAGGGAACUGGGCUUGAACUUUCUUUUCAAUGAAGGGCUUGAAAGAAUUCAAAUGACAAUUGACAUUGUUGGCUCAGCUACUCCAUUUUAGUUUGAAAAGUUCCAAAAUACUAAUGCCAAAAAUACUCUUGUAAAAUUAACAAAUACAAUAUUUUUCUUCCAAUUGACAAGCAAUGAUAGUAUUAGUUUAUAUUUUGACAAAAAAUCUACUAUUGUUAUUUCAUAGAUUUUUGUGAUAAAAAUGUUUUUACUUGAUAAGGAACAAAACAUAAGACCACAAGUCUUUGAAAUGUGCAAGACAGACAGGGCAGGCCCCUGCUAGUUUUGGUGCUACAUGUACAGAACUCCAAGCCUCUUCAUUGUAGCCAAUAUGCUGAUGGACACAGUGGAGACAAGACUCAUCUUUCUAUUCCGCCUAUACUUCCUCUUAUUUCCCUUUUCCUCUAAAACUAAUCUGUUGCCUUGGUCCUUGUUUUCUUGUUUACUGACCACUCGAGCACUUAGAAACACAUUUAUACAUAUUAUGCACAAACAAGGCUCUCACUACUGGACACUGCAACCGCCACCCACUACACACGACACAUUUAUAUAAACACAGCUCUUUGAGAUUGUAUGCGCCCCACCUUAGCCAGAGGUGAUGUAAGCAAACUUAAUCUCUUUGCUCCACCCACUGGAUGUGCCAAGGCGACACUUUUGAAAUUUCAGACAGCAAUCCCAUUGUCUGCUUUAUCUGAAUGUGUUUGUGCUGCUUUAUUGCAGCACAUUAUUGGGGCUGAUCCUCGAUAAGUUUUGCCUUUAAGUAGUAAUUCAACCUUCAUGGACCAGAGGGGCCUGAUCAGUGAUCCUGGAUCAGUGCCCCCGCUUAUCAAAUGCUUUGUGAAUAUGGAUCUCGGUCCAUACUCUUGGACCUUUAACACGUUGCCUCAUCUCUAAUAUACAUACAUUCACAUUGCACAUGUGUGCAGCUAGGAGACAACUGACAUUUCUUAUUUUCUUCUGACAUUUUAGCAUUUUUAUUGUAAUGUGUUUCAAAAGACAUGUGCCAUCAGUCAUAAUUGUUGUUACCUCCUUAAAAACAAACAGCCUGGCCUAUUCUACACUAACUAGAGAAGCUUAGGUUGACAUCGCUAAUAUAACUACUGUCUCUACGUCCUUGGAUGAUUGCCAAAAAAUAAUAAUACAAAACUCCAAUGGACACUUUGAUGAAUAAGAAAUACUACUACUGAGAACCUUGCCACCCACAAAUUCAGUUGUUUUGUUUAAAGAUUUUACUUUUUACUGCUGUAGGCAGAUGUCCAUCUGAGGCUCUAGUUACACAAGUGUAGACAGCUUAGGCCUUCUUCUGCCUUCUCAUUUAUCUGUAUCUGAAGCUGUCGGGCCAGCCCAUGUUCUUGUGGCCUGUACGUAGAACUCUGUGUGCUUUAAUCACCUCUAGGUAAACCUUAAUCAAUUAAAGGCCAAUUGGUGGUCAGCUCACCAGAUGCCCAAGGCUCUUUGGGUUCAGGGCUCUGACUGAAUUUGACUGGGAGGGGAUCAAAUAAGUUGCACAUGACUUGUCUAAGCUGCUGAGGCAUUUAGGAAUGGUACUCUGACUUGCUUAGGGACAUUCCAAUAGUAGGAGAAGCAUCCGCAGAAAAACAGAAGGUGUAACAAAACAUGCAAACCGUGUGGAAGUUUUCUUUGUGUGAUUUUUUGACAAUAGGGUAUUGUAUGAAAAAAGGCUGGUUUUAUUUGUUAAGUAUUUAUUCAUAUCAAGAUCUGUAUUGUGUGAUUCAAUUAUUUAUAUGUUGUCCUGAAAUGAAUUAUUUUUAUUAAGAAAUCUAA